AUGGAGAUAGCAGCUGAUAAAGGGGCCUAUAAAUAUCAACGGACGGAGCUCGUAAUAACUUCGUAUAGCAUUGGCAAAAUGUCGCUCACCGCUGAUCCACCUUCGGCUACCGUUGCGGCUGCUGGUGGAACAUUAACACACAACCUCGUCAACUCUGGUACUGAGAAGAUGAUUUUUAAAGUGAAGAGUUCCAACAACACAGAGUAUCGUGUGAAGCCGGUGUUUGGAUUUGUCGAUGCUGGAGGAUCGGCACCACUUGAAAUAACGCGACUGGCAGGGCCACCGAAAGAAGACAAAAUGGUAGUUCAGUUUGCGCCAGCGCCUGCGGACGCUACGAUUCAGCCGCGCAUUGCGUCCGUGGACCCGUAA